AUGACAUCUAGUACAACUUCACCCGUCCCUUCACUGGAUGAGCAGAAUGGCUCCGAGGGCCCUAAAUCGCCUUCCAAGCCGCUGGCUCGAACUCGAUCUCCGACACCGCCCGUUGACGAGCCGUCGCGAAAGAGGCGGCGGCCCGAAUCACCAUCUUCGAAAGAAUCACGUGGCCACAAUUCGGAAACCACCUCUGAUACUUUGGAAUCCAAUAAAACUGAUUUGAAAGUCGAAAAGUCCGCCCUACCGGCUAGUAAGCAACUGUUGGAGGAUAGCCCUAAUAACGGCUCGGCUAAGGAUCUACCGUCAAGGCAGGAAAACGAAGAAGAGGGAGAAGAAGAAGAAAGAGAAGAGGGGGAAGAAGAAGAAGAACAGGAGGAGGAGGAGGAGGCAGAAGAGGGUGAACUUCCCCCUCUACCGCCUGGCCCUCCACCGGAAGAACCGCCAUCGGAUGGCUGGGAAGCUAUAUGGGACCCUAGUGCUGGACAAUAUUACUUCUACAAUCAUCACACUGGCGAAACGACGUGGACAAACCCUCGUGUUCCUCCGACCGAGGUCGAAUCGGCCCCGACAGAAAAUGUGGAGCCCGAAAGAUCUAUACCAUAUACAGGAUAUGACCCCGCCGUUCAUGGCGAUUAUGAUCCCACAGCUUCAUAUGCUCAACGGCCAGAGAGAACUCCCUCACCAACAAUAGACCCAUAUGUUGUUCAUGCUGCAUUCAAUAGAUUCACAGGAAAAUUCCAAAACGGCCCUGGCACUGAACGACACACCGACGAGAGCCGGGCCAAACGACAGAUGGAAAUCUAUUUUGACGUCGAUGCUGCAGCCAAUUGUCACGAUGGUAGAAGUUUGAAGGCAGAGCGACAGGCCAAGAAGCUUACAAAGAAGGAAGUCAAGGCAUUCAGGGAAAAAACUAGGUUGAAAAAGGAAGAGAAAAAGCGAGCAUGGUUGAGAGAUUGA